GAGAUUGGUUGUUCAACAAGAGGCAAAAUGUCGGACGUAGAAAUGACAAACGCGGAGAUUUCUCAAGAAUGUGAACCGAGUGAAGAGUCAAAUGAACAAGAGGCAGAUAUAACAGAAGAUCAAUCUCAAGACAUAGCUGAGGCAAAAAAAGAAGAAGGCAACAGUUUUUACAAAGAUCAUAAAUAUUCAGAGGCACUUGCUUGCUACACAGAAGCCAUAAAUUUGUGUCCUAAUUGUGCUGCUUAUUAUGGGAAUAGAUCCGCAACAUAUAUUAUGCUUCAAAAAUUCAAAGAUGGUUUAGCCGAUGCUCAGUAUGCUCUACAAUUAGACACUGGAUUUGUCAAGGGAUAUUUGAGAGAAGGGAAGUGUCAUUUAGCAUUAGGAAGUCCAGUUGCUGCUCUUAGAAGUUACAGACAUGUGCUUGAGCUUGAACCUAACAACACUGUUGCACUUAAAGAGGCAAACAUAGCUUCACAAGUGCAAGAGCAUAUAGCAAAAGCAGAAGCUAAUUUUGAAAAGAGGGAUUAUCGAACUGCUAUUUUUUACCUUGAUCGCUGUAUAGAACAUUGCAGUGCUGCCUUGCACUUCAAAGUCCAAAAAGCUGAAGCAUUAGCUUUAUUGGGUAAAUAUCAAGAAGCGCAAGAACAGGCAAAUGAUAUUUUACAAAGAGAAGGAAUGAAUGCAGAUGCACUAUAUGUAAGAGGUAUGUGUCUGUACUACCAAGACAGCACAGAGAAAGCCUUCCAACAUUUUCAAGAAGUUUUACGAAGGGCACCAGAUCAUCAUAAGGCAAAAGAUAUAUACAGGAGAGCUAAAGCAUUGUCAGCAAAAAAAGAUGAGGGAAAUUCAGCUUUUCGCGCAGGGAAAUACCAAGAUGCCUACAAUUUGUAUUCUGAAGCUUUGAAUAUUGAUCCUAAUAACAAGUCCACCAACUCCAAACUUUUCUGCAACAGAGCAACAGUAUGCUCAAAGCUAAACAAACUAGACGAAGCAAUCCAAGAUUGUUCUAAAGCAAUUGAACUGGAUGAUACAUAUCUCAAAGCUUACAUGAGAAGAGCUAAAUGCUACACUGAUACAGAACUGUAUGAAGAGGCUGUUAGGGAUUAUGAGCAGAUCUACAAGAUGGCCAAAACCAGAGAAAAUAAAGCACUCUUGCAAAAUGCCAAGCUAGAAUUGAAAAAGAGUAAAAGAAAAGAUUACUAUAAAAUUCUUGGUGUCCAGAAAACAGCCUCAGAAGAUGAAAUUAAAAAGGCUUACAAAAAGCGUGCUUUGAUACACCAUCCAGAUCGACAUUCACAUGAUACUGUUGAUAAACAAAAAGAAGAGGAGAAAAAGUUUAAAGAACUUGGAGAGGCCUAUAGUAUUUUGUCAGACGCCAAGAAAAAAGCUAGAUAUGAUAGUGGGCAGGAUUUGGAAGAAGGAGAAGGCAUGGGUGGCUUUGAUGUAGAUCCAAAUCAGAUCUUCCAAGCAUUUUUUGGAGGUGGAAACAUGUCUGGAUUUAGCUUUGGUGGUCACCCAGGCGGACACUUCAACCAUGGAGGCCACUCACACAAUGGAGGAUUCCCUGGAUUUUCUUUUCAGUUUGGUUGAUGUCACUUUUAGUUAGACAUCUUUGCCUCACCUUCUCGGUUGUACAUGCUCCCCAGGUUUUAUAUCCCAGGUCUUGAUGUUAGAACAAAAUGUAGGGGAAGUAACUACCUGACACUCUGAUAGACUAAGGUGUUGAGUUGUCCACUCUGCUACUGUGUAAUGUUAGUUAGGUAUACAAUUGCAGACCUUAGGAUAUACAAUUAUAAAACUCAAUUUUUUGUGUUAACAUCAAGAUUUGAAUGUCCUUUGUAAAUACUGGAUGAAUAUGAUAGUAUGAGUGUUGUAGUGUGGUUUAAUAAAUGGGUUUUGAAUGAAUGUUAUAAUGUUAAUGUGUGACAAAUUAGUUAUGCUUGAAAAAAUGUGUGAUGUUAACAAGAGAUUGGUUGUUGUGAUGUGAUGAAACAUGUAGAAAGUGUUAGAUGAAUGCAUCUUUAAAAGACAAUGACUACUGAAUUUUAAGGUAACAAGUGUAUUUUUGUGCACAUUCAAAUGACUAUUUAUUAUGCUAUUUGUGUGCUGACCAGAUUAUGGUCCGUGCACAUGUACAAAAGUGGCAGCAUCACUGUUUUCAGUGGUGUGCAGUCAGUCUGUUAAUUUGGUCAGAGUGAGCUCUAGCCAGCCUGAUGACAUUGACCCAGCUAUAUUUCCUUGUCAUUCCUAUUACUAUUGCAUAAUGUAUGUGCAUGCUGAUGAAUCAGUCACCAGAUAUUGCUGUCCUAAUUAAAAUGUAGACUCAAUUAGUGUGUGAUUACUUUCAGUUCAGUCUUCAACUCAAACAUGUUGUUUCUGUAGGAAGAAAGUCAUUUUGUGUGUAUAAUAAAAAAUAAGCUGUUGAUUUUUUCAAAUGUUUUAGGGCUGAUACUUUGUUCCACCGCAAGUUAGAGACUUUAUUUAUUGCAAGAAGCUAGAGAGUUGUGAUGAAUGUUGUUUGCGUGCUCAUUUUUCAUUGACAGCUCAUGCGUGUAUUUUAUAGAAUAAAUUACGUGAAGUUUAAUAUAACAUUGUGACUCAAAUCUGUCUAAAGCCAUGAUAGCUAAAAAGUUGUUAGAGUGUGGAUCAAAGUUUUGAUGUGAAUAAUUUUUACAUCAGUUGAACAAUGUAGUGUAGAGUUUGAUGUACAGUACCCAGUAACAAAUAGGGUGACGUGGUCGAUCAUUGUUUGCUGACUGGCAAAAAUUGCAUUACCUGGGAUAAGUCUGUAGUAUGUCCUUAAGUCCAUCCUCCAGCUUUCUCUGGCAGCUGUGGAAAGUAUAUGGAUACUGUGGAUAACUUGAGUUUUUAAAUGUUCUUAGCAAUUUUUUAAUUAACUGAAAAAAGCUGGUUUGAUUGACACCACAGAUAUAAGAACCAAUGUUAAUUUAAACAAAGCAAUAUAAUACAAUUGCAUGGUGUUUUAACACAGAUUACAUUGCUUUUAACCAGGCAACUCAAUGUUGUGUUUAAGCAGACACUACUGUCUAGUUGUGUUGUAACUUGUGACAGAAAGCAGCUCUAAGCAAACUGAUACUUGUCUGCUGUUUUGUCAGAAAAAAUAAACUAGCUAGAUUUUCUAUUGUAAGCACACUCUAUACACUGUAGGUUUGAAGAGGUUCCAAAAAAUCCUUGUUUUCAACCUACUUUGUUCUGCCACUGUACUCUGUGUGUACAUUAUUUUUAAGGCUUAUUGUAGUUAGAUUGGGCCUGCACCACAUAGCUAUUUUUUUGUUAUAACUUAUCUCAUGCCGGUAGCUACAAUGUAUAGUUUAAGGUGAAUGUAUUUGUAAAUUGUGGCUUGGGUAAUCACAAUUUUUAGAAAUACACAGAUGUGCUAAAUAAUGCCAUCUUGGUAAAGCUGUUAAAAUAUAACCGGUGACAAGCCAGGAAAUUGUCUCGCCAUAUGUAUAGUUGUACCCAAAUAAUGCUUGCUGUGGGUGUCAGGAUCAAGCUCCUGACAGUCAGUGUCAGCAUCUCUGGCCAGUGUUGUACUGUGAGUUGUCAGUUGAUGACACUGCCAGUUGGCCCAAGUACACCAUCUCUCAUUUCUGCAGAUGUGAAACUGUUGUGUGCACAUUUGAUUGUGGUCUACAAGUACUACAGUAGUAGUUUGUCUCUGAAAUACAUUUUUUUAGUUGAAUUUCUAUUUUUUUCUGCAAAUUUGAUAUAUUUUAUUCCUUGACAAAUAUUUGUAUAAAUGUAUGGACUGUACAGUAAGAAUAUUUCAUAAACUAUCAAAGUAAUAAGUC